AUGUCCAAAAGAAGUCAAGACGAGCCAUUGACUGGCUCACAAAAUAAAAGAACUAAAACCAAUAUCGAAAAGGAGAAUAAUGCCACAACAGAGGAUGAUUACACAGUACUACAGGGAUACAAACAAUUAGAGGAAGAGAUGACUAAUGGCUUAGUCCGUGUUGCAAGAACUGGCGCUAUUAAUAUUGCAUUUGAAAACCUAGAGGCUGCUGAUAUAUUGUUUUCAAAAGUGAAAGGUACAAGAAACAAUGGUCUAUUGGCUCAUGAUGCAAAAGCUAUGGUGAAUAUCAGUAAAUUAGCGGAAUUGAGUGUGCGAAAUCUAAAAUUUGAUGAUACAAGAAGUUUGGUUAAUUUAGAUGACAUACUGAAAAGUAGCAAGAAGUACAUGCUAAAAGAUUAUUUUAAAGAGAAUGAUAUAAAAGCACCUGUUUUUGUUACUAAUACUAUGAUUGAUUUGGAAAAUGAAAAUGAAGACGAAGAUGAUAGUGAUAAUACACAGGAUAUAGGUCCGAACCAAAUACAUUCUCUUGGUAAUGACAGAACCGAUCAAUUCAGACAACAAGCAAUCAGGCAAAAGUAUUUGAAACAAUUUGCGAACUAUAAUGACUUCAUGCAGUUUAAUUGGUAUAAAUUGGGAGCUCUAUAUGAUAGCAUAUCCAAGAAACCUACGACAACUGGUCAUUUUGUAGGUCCAUUUUCGGUCAUACCCAAAGUUAGGGCAGUUCCAGAGAGAAAUAUUAACGAUAGUUUAUUAAAUGGACGUGUUGUAGCAACUACAGUUGAUAAAAUCACGUCUAGUUCACUGUCAGAAACUCAAGAUACAACCACACCAGAACAGGUUAUUAAAUGUUUUAAGAAAUUAAAGAAAAAGCUCCAGAGUAAGAGCAAUAACAACGAAAAUGAGAAUCCAGAAGGUUGUGACAAAGAUGGUGAGGUGAAUCGGAUUAAUUUGUUUAAGUUUGUCAUUAAUCCAAACUCCUUCAGUGCUACUAUCGAGAACUUAUUUUAUACAAGUUUUUUAAUUAAAGAAGGUAAGUUGAUAAUGGAGGAAGACAAAAAUGAUGGUCUUCCAUACCUUCUAAUCAAAGAACAUAAUCCGAAAGGUAAGAAGGAUAGUAAAAUACAAGAAAUCGAAGAAGGAAACAAAAGAGAACAUCAACAGCAUCAUAUUAUUUACCAACUUGAUAUGCCAACUUGGCGAAAACUAAUUGACACAUUUGAGAUAACUGAAAGUUUUCUAUAA